AUGUCAACAUCAUCUUCAACAAGAGGAGAUGGCGGCGGCGGAGGAGGGCGCGGCGGCGGCGGAGAGUUUGAAGGACCAUCAUCCUCUCGUAGCCGUAGACGCUCAAGCGAUGGAGUAUGGCCAGAACCUUUUGUCGAAGCCCUUGCAUUUCAAGUUGCCAUUGAUGCCUCUACCUCUAUUGGCCGCAUUGCUGCAGCCCGAGCUCUCUUCAACCUAUUUCAGGUGUGUUCUACCUGGCGAGCGGUGUCGCAUUCUGAACUUCUAUGGCACAACCUCACGAGGCGCAUAUGGAAUAUCGGGCAUCUUCUGCGUAAUACUUGGCGUGAGGAGUAUAUAUACCGCCACCGGACAGCCAACAACUUCCAACUAGGUAGAUAUGUAUACACAAGCCUUCCGUUUGUCCCCUCAGAUGUGAAUAAUAACAAUGACGGUCUUGCAUGUCGUCGCCUGGCACUAUCUGACCACCACCUUGCUGCUGGAUUCUCAGACGGAUCCGUUCACCUAUUUCACCUUCCUAGCAGGCUCCAACUCGCAACCUUCUAUCCUCAGCACCGCGAUCGCAUUGGUCGCUUCGCUUGUGCAGUGUCAGGAAUCAUCUUAUCCGACGCUCAACUUGUCUUUGCCACACUAGAUGGUGACAUUCAUCUGGUAGUUAUCAAUGGUGUCAACCCUCUACGUAGAGUCCAUCUAGGUGAUGUUGUCAAUGACGGCGCUUUAGUCGACUUCACGGGUUGUAACCAGAGGUGGGUUGGCCUCUACGCAGGUCUUCCUGGUCGUGCCUUUCACGUGUGGAACAGUGAAACUGAAGAGCUAGUCUUCGUUGGCGGUUCACUAACCGACCCAGAAGCAGUAUUGGGCUGGCAUUUGCUAUACGAAUUGACAGAUAUUAUCGGUCGAGUUAGAGUAACAAGCCAUGAAUCCGCGGUGGCAUGCACGAACAUUAGGCUUAUGGUCUUUGAUUUACGAAAUGAGGGGAUAAUACUAGGAGAAGAAGAAUUUGAUAGGAGAAUAAUUGUAGGUUCUUUCGAUGCGAAUAAUGACGAAUUGCUGUUAAUCAUGGACAUGCGUGGCAAUGCAAGCGUGCGUCGGGUGGCGACUCUGGAGGAAGUAUGUAGGUUCACAGUAAGAGGUGCUUACCAGAGGGGGAUUUUGGGAAGUGUCAAUGGUGGAUAUGCCCUAAUGUGUGUAGGGGGAGUUAUUAGGGUUUGGGAGAUGGUGCAUGGAGAAGAGUUGUACAACUUUGGGGAGAGAAUAGGUGAAUGCAAUGCCAUAGUUUCAGAUGAAAGGCAUGUGGCUGCAUGUUCUGCUAAUGCCACUAUUCAUUUAUGGGAUUUUGGAGCAAACUAG